UUUACCCAAGACUGAGAAAGCCAGCAUUCCGGAAACUAUUACCUAUCCUUCGAAGAUUUUCUUUUCUUCUCUUCAAAGGCUGUUCUUUCGAGUUGCACUGCUGCAUAUUUUGUUGGCGUUCGAACUACUAACUGCCCAACAAACAUUGUUGCUGUACAAUAGACGAAUAAGCCAUUUAUAAGCUUAUUUUUUUAAGUUUUGGUUGAAUAAGCUGUUAUUUAGCUAUCAUUGUUAGUUGGGAUGUACAUUUUCAAUUACACUUACAUGUUUGAGUGAUGGAUUCCAAGUCUACAUCUAAGAAUUUUUUUUCAUUCAAUAAUAGGAUGAUCUGAUGGUGAACAAUCUGCAAACUUCUCUGUCAAAAAUGUUUUUCUAAUGAUAUGUUGAUUUUCCGAGGGCUGUUUUCUAAUCGUUUCGAGCUAAUGACCAUUUGGCCUACAAACAGAGAUUUCCCCUUUUUAAAAUCAUAAACUGUUCUUUACUUAUCAAAAGAACAGCUUAUGAAUCAAAGAAGGGUAAAUAUCUAGAGUGCAUGCUAACAGCGUUAGCAUAAAAAAAUUAAGCUGCAGUGAUUAGUUUUAUUCAAGCAUAUUGCGGACCAUUUAAGAGAAAAUUUGAUAAAGUUUGUUCUUGAGGAAUUUUAUAUUUGAAAUGCUUUUCUGAUUCACAAUACAAAAUAAUACAUGUACAUUUUGAAUUGAACAAAAUAAAUGAUCUUUAUUCACAAAAUCAUAAUUUGUUCAUAGUAAUAAACUAUUUAGGUAAAUAUCGCAUUCGGGUAAGUGUCGCAUUCGGGUAAAUGUCGCGUUCGGGUAAAUGUCGCAUUCGGGUAUUUGCCAUUCGGGUAUAAGUUACAUUCGGGUAAAUGGUUUUCGGGUAAUUGUUUUUCGGGAAAAUGGUUUUCGGGUAAAUGUUAUAGAACCGUCGACUACUGCAUUCGCCUAUCAGCUGACUCGUCUACAGCACAGCACGACGCACAAUUUCCGUGACAAGUCGACAGUCGCUCGGACUGUGAAUCAUUCUGCAAUUUCACAACAUAUGUAGAAUUGGAAGUACUUACUUUUAUAUCGAUUACUAGCUGUCCCGGCAGACGUCGUACCGCCAUUUUGAUUGUGGUAUUUGACAACUGUUGCGUGUUCAUUUCAUCACCAUGCUCUAGAAUGGUUUUACACUAAAUUCUGUUUUUACGCGAUUUUUUGUUCCGCGUAAAAAAAAUCGUGUGAAAAAAGUUUUCAAAACUUUUUUUAUCGGAUCAUCCUAAAAUUUUGACAGGAUAUCAAGGAUGAUAAGAGAGAUCUCUGGUAGAAAUUUGAGCCCCAUCGGAAGUAAAUUGCGACCAGGAGAGAAGAAUCUUUCCAAAAACACAUCGCGUAAUUUCGAGAAAAUCGUGUAAAAAAAAUCGUGUAAAAUAAAACCGCGUAAAAAAAGGUCGUGUAAAAAAAGAAUUUAGUGUAUUGCGAUCGUAUUGGAUUUCUUCCCCACGCUUAACAAUUUCAGUAAUUUUACAAUUGUUCUUUUUAGAUGAUUUUUGUAACUUUUAUCACUUAUAAAUACAGCCACCAUGGAUAUGAAUCGAACCAUGUAAGAGUCAUCCUGCUAGCUUCAGCCGUUCGUGAGUUGUGUUGCCUCAAAGGGACUUCAAACUUAUUCUUAUAUAGAUUCAUAUAUAGAUAUAUAGAUAGAUAGAUAGAUAGAUAGAUAGAUAGAUAGAUAUAAAUAGAUACUUUAUUCGUACGUUACUAUAUUGGAUCAUUAUUUUAUAUUCUAUAUUCUCAAUCUCUUAUACUACAAUGAUAGUACACAUCGAAGUAAAGAACAUCCACAUAAUCUUCAAAAAUGUCUCAAAACUCGUCCACAUUGUCAAAAAUAAGGAAAUUUUUGAUUUUGUCUUCAUUGUAGUGACACUACUGUAAUCGUGAGUGAUUGAGUGCCACAGCACUUCGAAGAUACUUUUAAAUAAAGAUCGGAUUAGUUGUUAUCCGAGCGUGCAACAAUAUACAUCUCGGUGUUAUACCUCGCGCAUCCGAAAUAUAUCCGUGUACUACCAGAUAUUACAACUGGCGUACGAGGUGAUUUUUUUUAACUCAAAGUUAAUAACUAAGUGAAUAAUUACCGUUUGCGUUUGUGAGGGGUGGUUUAGUUCGUCGGUGAAGAAUUAUCGCCACGAGUGCAGUGAGAUAAAAUCUAAUUCGUUUCACUUCAAGUUUGGUGACACCACAGUAGCGUGUGGAAGUUUAAAACCCUCGCCGUAACAUUAUAUGCAGUUACGAAAGUUGUGCAGAAGUUUUAUUACUAGUUUUGUAGCGCUGGCAUAGUGUGGAAUUUCUACGAAAAUCUGUAAGAAAGCGCUAUAUUUCUUUUAGAUAUCACGUGCGUUUGGGAUUCUCUAAAGUUCCCAUUGUUCUGUUUAACUCUGCUGCAGCAUUGUGUGAUAGUUUUGAGACAAAGCCAUCCGCCAUAGUUCAUCAGUUUGUGUUAACUACAAACCAUUGGGCUAUUUCGUCUCGCCGGUCAGCUCCGUUUAUAGUGAUACCGAUUGUGUGUGUUGUGUGCAGAAAUUUCGGUAAGAUUGUGUCUUCAUUAGACUGGUCCGGAUCAUCGUUUAGUUAUAGUCAGUAAAUACCAAACUGACUAAACAGGUAUGUUUUAAUCUGUUUUUUUCGUUUUUUGGUUUAAAUUGUUCGCGAUAUUAUAUUCUUUUUGAGCAAUUUUCGUUUGUUUUUCUUCAAUUGUAUUUUGUUGAACCAUUCAUAGUUUAUGUUUGUUUAACAUAUUUUUGCAUUUAUUUUUUGAAUUUUAUCUACCUAAAACGGGUAAUUUGUUCCGAGAUAUGACAGCUCAAAAAAUGAGUUGUCUGAAAAAUAGUGUUUUACCCGAACGGUUCUAACUUUGCGAAAGAUUAAUCAAUCGAGCCCAAAUUUGUACCAAUGAUGCACAUAUAAUAGGUUGACAAACAGUCAAAAUUUGAAAUUUUUUGAUGCGCUCUAUGAAAAGUUAUAGCAUGUUGAACUUUUUUGUGAGAGAAAAAAAAGUUGCCUAUCCCAAACAUUUUGGCCAUCCCCUGUACAUACACUUUACAUUAUGUCCACUUGAAUACAAAUCAUGUAUUUUAUGGAAAAUUAUAGUUUUGAUUCAAAUAUGUAGAGUUAAUAUGACAAUGAUUCAAUAUGAAUCGAAAAUCUGAAUGGAUUAAAGGUUAUGGGAAGAUGAAGCAUUCUUAACGGGAUAUAACCCUUAUAACCUCAAAACUGUCAUUGAUCUGUCUUCAAUAAGGCUAUCCGCAAGAUGCAAUCAGCUGAUUUUUUUUUAUGAGUAAUCUGUUUUGUAUACCUUUUAAUUCUGCCCUAUGUUUCAUAUCCUUUGACAAAUACGCGUAAUCUUCAUCAGUGUCAGUUACCCACACGCGUAUCAGUCAAAGGAUAAGCAACAUAGGGCGAAAUUAAAAGGUACAAAACUGAUUACACUCAUUCGAAGAGGGUAUUCUGCUUAGAGAAUUUGAAAAGUCGGUACAAGAUGAUUUCUUUUGUUUAUUUUCGACAUCCGAUGAACGGGGUGGCAGUUGAACACAAAGAAAUUUGUUAAACACCGACGACUCUUCAUGAAACUUUGUUAAGUAGUAUUUACACUGUGUUUACCAUUUUAGCUGUCCCCUCAUCGCGACCAAAUGUAUGCAGAAAAGAAAAGUUUGAAGCUAAGAGACGCUGUAAUUGAACGACCCUACUUUGUUGAAGACCGCAAAGGGACCGACGUAUGCGAAAAAAGUUAUACCCUUAACAAAGUGAAGCGAAACAUAGAGAUUUCCUUAUUGAUGUUAUUCCUUUGCAUGCGUAGGUAAACAAUAAGAAUUUUUAGCCUAUGGUGCCAAAGCUUUCGAACAGACCCACCACAGAGAAACAGACGUAACACUUAGCACAAAUUUCAUUAAAAAACAUCGUCACGAAAACAUAAUCGCCCAAUGCUAAAUGUACUGUGCUUGGCCGGGCCGCCACUAGAUGGCGGUAGUGAGCAAACGUCAAACCGGAGCAAAAACUAUACCAGCGCCGCGAGUGGUCAAUCGAGCUACUACUGAAUAUUUGAAUCAAUCGUUAAAAAGAUGAUCGAUGGGAAGCGAUGAGAGUGUGACGUCUGUUUCUCUGUGGACCCACCUUUCCUCGAAAACCUUGCCUAGUAUAUAAAUAAUCACUAUUGCAGUAUAGAAUAAACGAAAACUUUACUUCAAACCAACAAAAAUAACUUACUCACUAAACUCACCGUGAGUAAAAUGAGUAACUCACGCGUGAGUAAUGACGUCAUACUCUCGUGUGAGUAUUACUCGCAAGUGAGUAACGAGGUCAUACUCACAAAUGAGUAUACUCAUACGUGAGUAACUCACGGCGUGAGCAUUACUCACAAAAGAGUAAGGUGAGUGAGUAUUUUUUACUCGUGAGCAUGAGUUUCGCAACACUGGUGGUACUGCUGUGUACAGCGAGCUCAAGUUGUUGUACCCUGGUCAAGACUUGAAAAACAUAGAAUACAAAGACUUGACGGAAGCGUUACGCAAACGUUUCGACAGAAGUGAAAGCGACUUAGUUCAGCGAAUCAAGUUCUAUGCAAGGGUGCAGAAACCGGGCGAGCGAGCAGUAGAUUUUAUUCUCGCAGUAAAACAACUGGCAGAGUACUGUAAGUUCAGUACAUUUAAAGAAACAGCUGUCCGUGACAAAUUAUUGUGUGGUAUUUCGAGUAAGCAGCUACAAGAGCGACUCCUCGACGAAGAUGAUUUAACGCUUGCCAAAGCUGAACGAAUAAUUGUUAACCGCGAAGAAGUAAUAGAAAGAGCUAUUUAGUCUCAUGCAUGAACCAGAAACAGGUAGGAUUAGUGCUAUUGAUCGGCUUGGUAAAAAAAAGGUAGGGUUUCGUCGGGAUUUCACUCCGACACCAACAAAGUCUAGAGGUAGAAAUCGUGAUCUUCGCAAUCGCAUGAAUGAUAGUCGCAGUCAUAGUAGGAGUCGUUCUGAGUCUAGGAAGCGGGGAUACAAAACUUACUACUGUACAUACUGUCGUAGGAAAGGUCAUACUCGCAAGUACUGCUACGAUUUGAAGCAUCAAAAACCGUCCAUUAAAUCUGUCGUCGUUGAACCAAAAAAAUCGAUUGUAUCCGACCGCUUCAAGAGAGCAGCCUUGUCGGAUUCAGAAGGUGAAAUGAGCGUUCUUAUGGUGUCCACCAGUCAGAGAUCCAGCGCGCCUUGCUUGAUCGAUGCAGCAGUCGACGGUGAAACUCUACAGAUGAAAAUCGACAGUGGCACCGCGGUAUCCGUCAUUUGCCGACAAACGUAUGAGAAGAAGUUCGGAUACAGUCAGCUUUCCAGAUGUCCUGUAAAGUUAGCUGUCGUCGACGGAGCAUAGCUGAAGGUCGUCGGUCAAUUCGAGGUGUCGGUAAGAGCAAAUGAUCAGCGUAAGGUGGUACAGCUAGUGGUUUUGGAGAGCAAGAAAAUCUUCACACCAUUAUUCGGGCGUGACUGCCUGGAUGUAUUCUUUUCGGCAUGGAGAGACGCAUUUCGCCCUGUUUCCGUAAACUACACAGCCAUGGCAAAGGAGGAUAGCAUUCAAGAGGACAUCAAAAGUAAAUUUGCAAAUGUUUCGAUAAUGACUUUUCAACACCGAUUAAAGAUUUUGAAGCCGAUUUAGUUUUGAAGGAAGAUAAACCAGUUUUUAGGCGAGCAUACGAAGUCCCAUAUCGUUUAAGAGAUAAAGUUAUUGAACAUAUUGAUUCUUUAGAGCGGGAUGGUAUUAUCACCCCCGUUGAUGUCAGCGAAUGGGCUUCCCCGGUUAUAAUUGUGGUGAAGAAAGAUCAGGGUAUUAGGAUGGUGAUUGAUUGCAAAAUCUCCAUAAAUAAGGUCAUUAUACCGAAUACCUACCCACUUCCGGUGGCUCAAGAUUUGUUUGCUUCAUUGUCGGGUUCUAAAGUUUUUUGUUCUCUCGAUUUGGCUGGAGCUUACACUCAGCUGCGCCUUUCCAAAAAAUCAAGAAAAAUUAUAAUAAUAAACAAAAUCAAAGGUUUGUACUCUUAUAAUCGCCUACCACAGGGAGCAUCUAGUAGUGUAGCCAUUUUUCAAAAAGUAAUGGAUCGAGUUUUGCAAGGAAUAGAGGGAGUUUCAUGUUAUCUUGACGACGUGUUGAUCGCUGGAAAGGACUACGAGGACUGUAAAAAGAAGCUUUAUUUGGUCUUAGCACGUUUGUCUAAGUUCAACAUUAAAGUUCAUUUAAAAAAAAUGCAAGUCUUUUGUUUCUAGUUUGCCUUAUUUAGGUCAUGUUUUACCAGACAAAGGACUGUUACCAUGCCCUGAUAAAAUUGAGACGAUUCGCAGAGCUUCAGCUCCGAAAAACGUCACGGAAUUGAAGGCAUUUUUGGGUUUGCUAAACUAUUAUGGUCGUUUCAUUCCCAAUUUAUCCUCGCAGCUCAGCACGUUGUACAAUUUGUUAAGAAAGAACAAUACAUUUGUUUGGAGCGAUGAUUGUGACAAAUCAUUUGAAUUUUGUAAAAAGUUGCUAAUAAACUCUAAUCUUUUGGAAUACUACGAUCCUAAAAAAAACAAUAGUUGUUGUUUCGGAUGCCUGUGGUUACGGUUUGGGAGGAGUGAUUGCACAUGUAAUUGCAAAAGAAGAGCGGCCAAUAAGUUUCACUUCCUUCUCGUUGAAUGAUGCACAGAAAUCGUAUCCAAUUUUGCAUCUAGAGGCGUUGGCGAUUGUUAGUACAAUUAAAAAGUUUCACAAGUAUUUGUAUGCAAAGAAGUUUACCGUUUACACAGAUCACAAACCUUUGAUUGGUAUUUUUGGAAAGGAAGGCAAGAACUCAAUAUUUGUAACCCGGCUACAACGAUACAUAAUGGAGUUGUCAAUUUAUGAUUUCGACAUUGUUUAUCGCCCAUCUGCUCAAAUGGGAAACGCGGACUUUUGCUCUCGUUUUCCCUUACCACAAGAAGUUCCCAAAGAGUUACUACGCGAUUCCAUCAAAAACAUCAAUAUUACCGCAGAUAUACCUUUGGACUGGAUAAUAAUUGGAAGUGAGACAAAAAAGGAUGAUUUCCUUCAGAAGGUGUUGUUUUUCAUGCAAAACGGUUGGCCAAAAAAGUUGGAGAAAAGAUUUAAAGAUGUUUAUUCACAGCAUCAAGAUAUUGAGCUGUUGGAUGGUUGCUUGCUUUUCCAGGAUCGAGUUGUAAUUCCAGCCAGUUUGCAUGCAACAGUUUUGAAACUUCUACAUAGAAAUCACACAGGUAUUCAUAAAAUCAAACAACUGGCCAGAAGAACCGUUUACUGGUACGGAAUCAAUAGUGAUAUUGAAAGUUUCGUUAAAAGUCACAUGUAAUCAGAUGGCAGUGGUACCAAAGAAAGAAGCUAAUGUUGUGAACUGGAUUCCCACCACUCGUCCAUUUAGUAGAAUACAUGCAGAUUUCUUCUAUUUUGAACAAAAAGUUUUACUUGUAGUGGUAGAUAGUUACUCGAAGUGGCUUGAAGUUGAAUUCAUGAGAAAUGGGACUGAUGCCAAAAAAGUUAAGACUAAAUUCAUAUCUCUUUUUGGGUGGGCUACCAUUCAACUCAAAAUAUUUAGUAGAUUUUUGGUAAAAGCAGGGCAUCAAAGUCCUGAAAAGCCCACCAUAUCACACUUCGAGUAACGGCCAAGCAGAAAGAAUGGUUCGGGUGGCUAAAGAGGUUUUGAAGAAGUUUUUGCUCGACCCACAAAUAAAAGAAUUAGAUCUUGAAGAUAGAUUAUCUUGCUUUCUGUUUAAUUAUCGCAAUACAUGUACAAAAGACUCGAGUUUUCCAUCAGAAAAACUGUUUAAAUUUAAACCAAAAACGAUUCUUGACUUAGUUAAUCCAAAAAGUAGUUUUAAAAACCAUCUGACGAUUCAAAAGGAGAAAAAAGGACUAGUUUUAAUGCGGAUGGAACCAAAAAGGACAAGUUUGCCCAGUUGCAUACAGGCGAUCCAGUGUACUUCAAAAACUUUAAACCGACUGAUGUGAAGAGGUGGCUGGACGCUAUUUUCCUCAAGCAAAUAUCUCACAAUGUGUUUCAGGUUUAUGUAGGAGGCCGUACGUACACAGCUCACCGCGAACAGCUUAUGUUGAGGCAUCAAUUGCCUAAGAGCAUUAUGUGGAGUAGUAAUGAAGCGGAUAACAGGAAGCGUACCAGGGAGAGGGCAGACGUGAUUGAUCCAGAAGACGAUUUUUACGGAUUUGUUUCUGAUUCAUGUUUAUUCAAUACACAGAAUGGCAAUAGUUUGUCUAACUCAUCAGCCUCUGGCAAUAGUUUGUCAACAUCAAGGCUUUCAGGCAAUAGUGUGCCUAUUCGAAAUUCUUCAAAGCGUGAUGAUGGUUCAGUGCAGCAGUCAACCAGCAAUACGGAGCCUUCGAUGAAUCAACCAACUUCAUCUCCAGAUGGUCUUGGUGAACCAGGACAUUCUGUUGUUCCGUUAUGUAUUAAUCAAAGAAGAAAACGUAAACAAGAUGUAGCCUUUGGCAUUCAAAAUGAUUUAAGCUUGCGAAGAUCACUUCGUUCGAAACGCAAAAGAAAAGAUUUAGAAUUUUUGUACUAUUGAAUUACCUUGAAUUCUAUCGAAUAUGUUGUACAUAAUACAGGGUGACUGGUAAUUCGUGUUACACCCGAAAGGAGGUGAAAGUAGACCAUAUUUGCAGCAAAAAAUUGUUCUACAGGUAGGUCCGGAAAUCACUGCUAAGUGAGUUAUUCAAAAAUUAGUGUUUUUAAAUUACCCCAUCUUUAAACAUCUCUAACUCAGAAACUAUGAACCGUAUAAUCAAUCUAAGCGCAUGGAUAGAAAGCUUAAAGCUUUGUCUUUUAAUGCUCUUUGGACAGGUAAUUGAUAAAAAGUCAUUUAAGUGCAGAAAUUUUGACUUUUAUGUAAAAAGUGCCUAAAAAUGUACCCCUUUUUCACCUUUUUUGAUAGUUUACUCGUGAAAAACGUGAUAAAUGUGAGAAAUGUUCUUCUACAAAACAUUCAUUUUUUGAUACGCUACCAAACUGUCCUUUAGUGCAACAUUGUAUCUUUCAUAGUUUUGUCACAAUCUUGAAUUCAAAAUCUGGUGAAAUAAAUCAAUGUUUUUAUUGCAAUACUGUCUGGCAACCCUACACGUUUGCUUGCUGUUGGUCGUCGUGCGCAUGGCAACGAACAAAGUAUCUAAAUACCAAGGUAAGAGAUUCCCGCAAAUGUCAAAAUGGAGACUCACCAACACAUCUGCGUUAGUUAUGAAAAGUUGGUGUUUUUACACUAAAAUGUCAUUAUUUCAGCAAAGUUUGUGAAGUUUUAUUAGUUUGGAUAAUUCCAAAUGCUGAAAAAAUAUGUUUAGAACCAAGAAAAAAUAUUUUGUCACCGAUUUUCAAAUGGCGAUAUUUCCUGUUUUAUUGCAUGGAGGUCACUUUUAAUCCAGUGAGAUGCAAUUAAAUAAUUGCUUCUAAGAUGGGAGUGCUUAAUUUCUUAAGAAAGUUUGCUAAAUAGUGAUGUGCCCAUACAAAUCUGCGCUAACUUCAUAACUAUUUUUUGCUUUUUUCCUUUUCUCACAAAUCCAUGAAUAUUAGAAGGAAUCUCUUACCUUGGUACAUAUUUAGAUACUUUGGGCAACGAAGUCCGGCGUCGCGGUGGCGGUCAUCGUUUGACAGAGCCAACAGUGAACGGAAAAUUGCGCGCAAUGUUUAUGAAUCAAUCUCAAGGCAUCCUUUUCUUUGGGUGAAGAUUCGCCUAGAUGCCAUACACCCAAACCCACUCACUGGUGGAAUUUAGCGAGAUCAUAACGCUGGGUGGCACCGUUUUAAGGGAUAUUUAAACCUUCGGGCCGAGAUUGGGUCCGGGCCGGGGCCGCGGCCGAGACGCGAUAGGGCUUUUGUCGCUUCGUUCUCACUGCACACAAUGCUCACCGGGCUAUAGCGCCUGCGCACCAGCAAUUUAUGUUGCGCGAACGCACGCACAGUAUAAAGCGGUUGUCAUUUAUUUUUGUUUUUUUUUGCGCACUUUCUCCAGUGUGUUUGAUGUACAUUCAUCCAGAACUUUCUUUUGUAAUUUCUACAGGAAUCUGGGAUUCCUCCAGCUUUUUUAUGAUUUCCCUUUGAAUGCUUUCUGGGACUCUCCCGUAGUUCUUUCUGGAAAACCUCUAAUGAGAUUCUUCUAGGAGUCCUUCCUGGUAUUUCUCCAGCUACUCCGUCUGAGUUUUUGUCCUUUAGUUCUACUAAAAUUUCUUCUGGGAUACUUUCAAGAACUGGUUUAGAAUUUUUCUCCAGAAAUUAUUCCAGGAGUAGCUUCCCACAGUUUAUUUAUUUUCAGUUCAACGGGAAGCACUCCUGAUGUUCCUGAGAGUGAGUCCAGGAGCUCCCCAGGCAUUCCUCCAGGCCACCCCCAAAAAAUACCAAGGGAAUUUCUUAAGAAUUAGCUCAAGAAUUCCUCCAGCAUUUGUCGUAGAAUCACCCUAGGAUUUUACUGGGAAUUUCUCCAUUAUAGCUCUGGUAAUUAAUGCAGGAGUUCUCCAGCAAUAAUGCAUGUUUCUCUUCAGGAUUUUUCCCGAAAAUUACUGAAGGACUCAAGGGAUUUUUCCAGAAAUUCCUGCAUUAAUACCACCAGGACUUCCUCAAGGGAUUCCUCCAAAAAAUCCUCCACGAUGCCAGCUAAAAUUUCUUCCAGUAGUUCUUCCAGUAAUAACUCCAGAAAUUCAUCUCGAAAUUUCUACAGGAAUUUCUCUUCAGGAAUUGUAGAAGGGAUUUCAUCAGGAAUUCUUCCAGGGAUUUCACAAGACAUUUUUUCAAUAAAUUGCUCCAAGACUUUCUCUAAGAAUUCCUGCAAGGAUUCAUCUAGGAAUUCCUCUGACGAUUCCUCUAGAUUUUUUUCCACGGUGUCCUCCAAAAAUUCUUCCAGUUAUUCCUCCAUGAGUUCCUGCAGGAAUUUAUCCCGAAAUUCUACCAGGAAAUCCUGCAGGGAUUCCUCCAGGAAUCCCACCAUAAAUUCCUCCUGUAAUUGCUGCAGGAGAUUCUCUAGAGGUUCCUCCAAGGAUUCCUCUAGAAUUCCUUCCAGAAUUUCUUCCUGGAAAUUAUCAAGAAAUUCCUCUAGAAAUUCCGUCAGUAAUUCCUCCGGAAAUUCCUUCAGUAAUUCCUCACAGAAUUCCUCCAGGAAUUUCUUCAGGGAUUUCAUCAAAAAUUUCUCCAGAAAGUACUCCAGGCAUUUCUCCAGGAAUUACUUCAUGAAUUUCUCCAUAAAUUAUUCCAGGAAUUCCUCCAGAAAUUACUUCAGGUACUACUCCAGGAGUUCCUCCAAGAAUUCCAACGGAAAUUGCUCAAUGCAUACCUCCAGAAAUUCCAUCAGGUAUUUUUCCAGGAAGUCUUUUUGGAAAUACUCCAGGCAUAACUCCAAAAAUUUCUCGAGUUACUCCAGGUAUUCCUACAGGAUUCUUACAGAUGUUUAUCCAGUAACUACUGCAAGAUGUCCUCCAUUUUUUUUCCAGGAAUUCCUCCAGUGAUUCCUUCAUAAAUUUCUCCAGUAAAUGCUCCAGAAAAUUCUUUAGAGAUUCCUUCAGAAUUCCUUCCUGUUUUUCCUCCAGGAAAUCGUCCAGAAAUUUCGCCAGUGGUUGCUUUAAUAAAUCUUCUAUGGAUUCCUCCAGGAGUUCGUACAGAAUAUCCUCCAGAAAUUUCUCCAGACAUUCCUCCAGAAAACACUCCAGAAAUUCCUCUAAGAAUUUCGCCAGUUAUUUCUUUCGUCCAGAAAUUUCGCCAGUGAUUCCUUCAAUAAAUAUUCUAGGGAUUCCCCCAGGAAUUCCUACAGAAUAUCCACCAGAAAUUCCUCCAGGCAUUGCUCCAGGAAUUCCUACAGAAAAUACUCCAGGAAUUCUUCCAGGAAUUUCACCAGGAAUUACUCCAGGAAUUCAUCCACGAACUUUUCCAGAAAUUCCUCACGGAAUUCCUCCGAAAAUUUCUCCAAGAAUUCUUUCAGGAAUUUUUCCAUAAAGUCUUCCAGGAUAUACUCCAUGAAUUACUCCAAGAAUUGCUUCAGGAAUAACUCGAGGAAUUCCUCCAAAAAUUCCUCCAAGAAUUCCUUCAGGAAUUCUUCCAUAAAGUCUUCCAGGAAAUACUCCAUUAAUUACUCCAAGAAUUGCUUCAGGAAUAACUCUAAGAAUUCCUCCACGAAUUGCUUCAGAAAUGACUUCGGGGAUUCCUACGGGAAUUCUUCCAGGAACUACUUCAGGCUGUCCUCAAAAAAAUUCUCCAGGAAUUCUACAAGGAAAUACUUACGGGAUUCCUCCAAGAAUUACUCCGGGAACUACUCCAGGAAAGCCGUCAAGAAUUCCUCCCGGAAACAAUCCAAGAAUUCCCAUAAUUUCUCUUUGAAUUACUCCAGCAAUUCGUCCAAAAAUUGCUUCUGAAAUUUUUCCAGAAAUUCCUCCCAGAAUUCCUUCUAGAAAUACCUCAAGCAAAUGCUUCAAGAAUUUCUUCAGAAAAUCCUUAAAGAACUCCUCCAGAAGUGCCUCCAGCCAAUCUUUUAGGAAUUCCUUCACGAAUUUUUUCAGGAACUUCUCCAGAUAUUGCUUAGGAAUAUCUCCAGGGAUUCGUCUUGAAGAAGUAUUCCAGAACGUACUCCAGGAAUUACUCCAGGAUUUCCUCAAGAAAUGUCUCUGGUAAUUAAUGCAGGAGUUCUCCAGCAAUAAUGCAUGUUUCUCUUCAGGAUUUCCUCAAGAAAUGUCUCUAGAACUUCCUUCAAGAAUUCCUUCGGUUAACUUUCCAGGAAUUCCUCCCGGAAUUAUCUCAGGUAAAGUUUUCCUUAAAGAGUUACUACAGGGAUUCCAGGAAUUGCUCCAGAAACUCCGUUAGAAUUUACUCCAAGAAUUCCUCCAGGAAUCACUCCAGUAAUUCCUCAAGGUAGGAUGUCAUCCAGGAAUUUCUGUAGAAAUUCUUGGAAAAAAUUUUGAACGGAUUCUUGAUUGAAAUCUUGAAAGAAUUCUUGGGGGAGUUCCCGUAGCAGUUUCUGGAAUAAUUUCUGGAGGACUUUCAGGGAAAAUUGUGGAGUGAUUUUUGGGGAAGAUCCUGUUGGAAUUUCUGCUUCAAGAAUCCCUCUAUGAAUUUCUCCAAAAAUCCCUCGAACAGUUCUUCCUGGGAUUUUUGAAGAAAUUUAUUCAGGAAUUACUUUACGAACUCCUCCAGGAAUUCAUUCACAAAUUCCUCCAGUAGUUCCUUCAAAAAUUCCUACAAAAAUUUCUCCAUGAAUUCCACCAGAAAAUCCUCCAAAAAUAACUUGUGAGAUAGCUCCAGGGAUUCCUCCUUGAAUUCCUCCAGUGACUCUUUCAAAAGCUCCUUCAAGGCUUACUACAGGUAUUUUUCAAGGGAUUCCUAAUGAAAUUUCUCCAAGGAAAUCCCCCAGGAAUUCUUCCAAGACUCCCUCCAGGUAUUUCUUCAAAAAUUCCUCCAGGGAUUAUUUUAAGAGUUCCUCCAAGGAUUACACCAGGGAUUCUUCCAGAGUUUCCUGAAAGAAACUCCGAAGGAACUCCUGGGAGGAAUUCUUAGAUAAAUUUCCGGAUGACAUCCUACCUAGAGGAAUACUGUAGUGAUUCCUGGAGGAAUUCUUAGAGUAAGUUCUAACGGAGUUUCUGGAGCUAUUCCUGAAAAAAAUAUGAAGCGCUUCCCAGAGGAAUCCCUGGAGUAGCUCUUUAAAGAAUUCCUGUUCCUGAGAUAAUUCCGGGAGGAAUUCCUGGAAGAUUAACCGAAGGAAUUCGUGGAGGAAAUUCUAGAGACAUUUCUUGAGGAAAUCCUGGAGUAAUUCCUAGAGUAGGCUCUGGAAUAGUUUUUGAAGAAAGCCUUGAAGUAAUUCAUGGAGAAAUUCUUAGAGUGUUUCUGAGAGGAAUUUCUGGAAGCCUUCCUGAAAAAAAUCUUGAGGAAUUUCUAAAAUAAAACCUUCAGAAAUUUCGGGAAGAAUUUCAGGACGAAUUCAGGAGAAAGAGGAAUUCCUGAAAUAAUUCGUGAAGGAAUUCCUAAAAGAUUGGAGCCACUUCUGAAGCUGCUCUUUAAAGAAUUUCUGAAUAAAUUCUUCAAGCAUUUCCUUGAGGUAUUUCUAAAAGGAAUUCUGGGAGGAAUUUUGGAAAAAUUCCGGAAGGUUUUUUUUAUGAAUUCCAGGAGUAAUUCAAAGAGAAAUUAUGGGAAUUCUUGGAUUGUUUCCAGGAGGAAUUCGUGCAGGAAUCCCUGGAGUAGAUCCUAGAAGAAUUCCUGGAGUCGUUCUUAGAGGAAUCCCGUAAGUAUUUCCUUGUAGAAUUCCUGGAGGAUUUUUUUGAGGAUAUUCUGAAGUAGUUUCUGGAAAAAUUCCCGUAGGAAUCCCUGAAGUCAUUCCUGGAGAAAUUCCUGGAGGAUUUUCUAGAGUUAUUCCUGAAGCAAGUCGUGGAGUAAUUAAUGGAGUAUUUCCUGGAAUACUUUAUGGUAGAAUUCUUGGAGGAAUUUUUGGAAAAAUUUCUGGAGAAGUUCGUGGAUGAAUUCCUGGAGUAAUUCCUGGUGGAAUUCCAGGAGGAAUUCGUGGAGUAUUUUCUGGAGAAAUUCCUGGAGGAAUGCCUGGAUGAAUUUCUGGUGGAUAUUCUGUAGAAAUUCCUGGAGGAAUACCUAGAAGAUUUAUUAAAGGAAUCACUGGCGAAAUUCUUAGAGGAACUCCUGGAGUGUUUUCUGGAGGAGUGCCUGGAGGAUUUUCUGGUGGAUAUUCUGUAGGAAUUGAUGGAGGAAUUCCUAGACGAUUAAUUGAAGGAAUCACUGGCGAAAUUCUUGGAGGAAUUCCUGGAGUAUUUUCUGGAGGAAUUCCUGGAUGAAUUUCUGGUGGAUAUCCUGUAGGAAUUCCUGGAGGAAUCCCUAGAAGAUAUAUUGAACGAAUCACUGGCGAAAAUCUUAGAGGAAUUGCUGGGGGAAUUCCUGGACGAUUUUCUGGACGAUUUCCUGGAGGAAAUUCAAGAAGGAAUUCUAGAGGAAUCUCUAAAGAAUUUUCUGGAGCAUUUAAUGGAGAAAUUUAUGAAGGAAUCACUGGAGGAAUUCCUGGGAAAAAAAUUUGGAGGACAUCUUGCAGUAGUUCCUGGAUAAACACCUGUAAGAAUCCUGUAGGAAUAUCUGGAGUAAUUCACGGAGAAAUUCUUGGAGUUAUGCCUGCAGUAUUUCCAAGAAGACUGCCUGGAAAAAUACCUGAUGGAAUCUCUGGAGGUAUUCCUUUCGGAAUUUCCGGAGAAAUUCCUGAAGGAAUUCCUGGAGUAGUACCUGAAGUAAUUUCUGGAGGAAUUCCUGGAAUAAUUUAUGGAGAAAUUCAUAAAGUAAUUGUUGAAGAAAUGCAUGGACUACUUUCUGGAGAAUUUUUUUUUAAGAAAUCCCUGUAGAAAUUCCUAGAGGAAUUCUGUGAGGAAUUACUGAAGGAAUUCCUGGAGGAAUUUCUUGAUGAUUUCCUGGGAGAAAUUCUGGAAGGAAUUCUAGAGGAAUCCUUGGAGGAAUCUCUAGAGAAUCUCCUGCAGCAAUUACAGGAGGAAUUUAUGGUGGAAUCCCAGGAGGAAUUCCUGAAUGAACCCUUGAAGGAAUUCCUGGAGGCAUCUCUGG